AUGCUCAGAAGUGAACUUGGAAAUUCUCUGAAAAAUCUUGGUUCGCCUCGAAGUGUAUCACAAGCUUUCUUUAUUUAUUUCAGUGCAUCUGAAAUCCCUCAGUUCAGAUUGCCAUAUGACGUAGUGAAUUUUGAAGCUGAGCUUAUGAAGGAUCUCGGAGUGAAGAUAAUUUUUAGUAAAGGCCUUGCUGUUGAUGGAAUGACACUCUGUACCUUGAAAGAAAAUGGCUAUGAAGCAGUCUUCAUUGGAAUAGGUUUACCAGAACCAAACAGAGACAGUAUAUUCCAAGGGCUGAAAAUGGAUCAAGGGUUUUACACAUCAAAAGACUUCCUACCUUUGGUAGCUGUGGCAAGUAAGCCAGGGAUGUGUGCCUGUCACUCUCCAUUGCCAUCAAUACAUGGAACUGUGAUUGUACUUGGGGCAGGAGACACUGCUUUUGACUGUGCAACAUCUGCUUUACGCUGUGGAGCUCGUCGUGUGUUUGUGGUCUUCAGAAAGGGCUUCACUAAUAUCAGGGCUGUCCCAGAAGAGAUGGAACUUGCAAAAGAAGAGAGGUGUGAAUUUCUGCCUUUCCUCUCACCUCGGAAAGUUGUACUUAAAAAUGGACAUAUUGUUGCAAUGGAGUUUGUUCGAACUGAACAGGACAGUGAUGGAAACUGGAAAGAAGAUGAGGAUCAGGUUGUUCGUCUGAAAGUUGACGUGGUGAUCAGUGCCUUUGGUUCAGUUUUACGUGAUGCUGAAGUCAGAGAGGCCAUGGCACCUAUCAAGUUUAACAGAUGGGGUCUUCCUGAAGUAGAUCCAGAAACUAUGCAAACGAGUGAACCCUGGGUUUUUGCAGGCGGUGAUAUCAGUGGUCAUGCUAACACUACGGUGGAAUCAGUAAAUGAUGGAAAACAAGCCUCUUGGUACAUGCACAGAUACAUACAGUCCUUAUAUGGUGCUGCAGUUUCUACUACUCCAGAACUACCACUCUUCUAUACUCCUGUAGAUUUAGUAGACAUCAGUGUAUUAAUGGCUGGACUGAAGUUUCCAAAUCCUUUUGGCAUUGCCAGUGCAACUCCUGCUACUAGUUCCUCAAUGAUUCGAAGAGCUUUUGAAGCUGGAUGGGGCUUUGCUGUCACUAAAACAUUCUCCCUGGACAAGGUAAAAACAUAAUUCAAGUCAUAUUUA